ACUGUUUAUUGUCCAGUUCGAAUUGAACUUUCUUUCAAACACAACCUAAAAAAAUGUUCUUAUUACUUAUUAUAAGUUUAAUAACUCUUUAUUUAUUGAUAUAUUCGUGGUUUAAAAGAAACAGUUAUUAUUGGAAAAACCUCAACAUUCCUUACCCAAAACCCCACAUUUUCUUCGGGAAUUUAAAAGAGAACGUUUUUUUAAAAAAGAAUUUCAUCCAAAUUUACACGAAGAUUUACAACGAUUUUCCCGAUUUUCCGUACGUGGGAUUUUUCAAAAUGCGCACUCCAUCAAUUUUAAUUCGCGACCCGAAAUUAAUAAACAACGUUUUAGCCAAAGAUUUUUCAUCUUUCGACGAGAAUUUUAUGAAAUUGGACGAAACGUUGGAUCCUUUGGGUAGUAGCGAUCCAUUUUUUCAAACCGGGUCUAAAUGGAAAGCUACAAGGAGUAAAUUAAGUGCUUGUUUUACAUCGGGAAAGUUGAAAUUGAUUUUACCUUUAACCCUUAAAGUUACUGAUGAUAUGAUGAAAUAUAUUAAAAAUCGAUCGAUAAAUUACACAACAUUAGAAACGUAUGAAUUAAUGUGUAAAUUUACAACCGAUAACAUCGCAAGUUGUGGAUUUGGUUUCGAGGCGAAUUCUUUCAUCGAGGAAGAUGCGGAAUUUCGGAAAUUUGGUAGAAACAUAAUGAAACAAAGUGCGCUUAAUACGUUUUUAGCGUUUAUUUUUAUCUUAUUUCCAUCGUUAAUGACAAUGUUUCGAUUAAAAUUUAUUUCUGCGGAAGCAGAUGAGUAUUUUAGAAACAUUGUGAAAUCGGCUUUAAAUUAUAGGAAAACAAAUAAAAUAGUACGAAAUGAUUUUUUGGAUAUUAUCGGUUCGCAGGAAAAGAAUCUUGAUGAACUCACCGGACACGCAUUCACCAUCUUUUUGGACGGCUUCGAAACUAGUUCAGCAGUCUUAAGUUAUACCAUAUACGAAUUAAGUCGUAAUCAAGAUAUUCAAGAUAAAGUCCGAAAAGAAAUCGAUCAAGUUUUAAAUGAACAUAAUAAUGCUAUAAAUUACGAAGGAUUACAAAAAAUGGUUUAUUUAGAUUGUAUAAUUUCAGAAUCUCUUCGUUUGCAUCCUCCUGGAGCCGUUUUAAUGAAAACCUGCACGAAAGAUUAUUAUUUCCCUGCGAUAAACGGCAACGAACACGAUCUUUUAGUGAAAAAGAACACGCCGAUUAUUAUCCCAUUGUAUGGGAUUCAUCGGGAUCCGAAAUAUUUUCCAAAUCCGGAAGUUUUCGACCCGGAGAGAUUCUCCGAAGAAAAUCGGGCGAAUAUCAUAAAAGGGACUUAUUCCCCGUUCGGCGAAGGACCAAGAAUGUGUGUUGGAAUGAAAUUUGCACAAUUUCAAGUUAAAAUUGCUCUCGUCGCGUUGAUUAAGAAUUUUGUAAUGAAAGUUAAUAAAAAAACUCGAGAACCUUUGGAGAUUGAGGAGAAACACUUCUUGUUAGCCGCUAAAGGUGGAAUUUGGAUUGAUUAUUAUCAAAGACAUUAAAGCGGAUUUAAUAUGUAAUACAAAUAAAACAUGAUGUAAAUAAUAACGUCAA